CAAAAGGUGCGGCAAUCCCCGCAGUUGUGUGAAAAUUGUUAAGAAAAUGUGUUCAAAGUUGUAUAAUCGUUGGAAAAGACCCUUAAAAUCGUGCGCUGCAAAUACUAACUUUGACAAUCCACUUCAAUCUGAAAUCGAAAAGCAAGCGGAAGUUGAUGUCGGCAUUAGAUUUCGCUCGUUGCGAAAGUUUUUUCGUCGAUCCACGGAAGAGGAGAAAAUUUUGCUGCUCGAGAAGAAAUAUUUGAAAAAAUAUUUGCAGUAUUAUAAACAUUACACUGAUGGAAUGACACUGGUAGAGAUGCGCUUCGCCAAGCGAUUCUUGGAUUCUUCCGCUAUUCCCAAACCUUGCUUAGAGGUGGAACCGACCGAUUCGCCCUUUACAUGUUGCCAAUACUUUUGCUUUAAAAAGAAUUCUAAAACAACGCCGAAAGCAGGAAAGCGUGUGACAUUCAAGCAACGUUUGGUGCAAUCACGGCAGAUAAAUGUAUCAUUAGAAUCUUCCGACGAUGAAAUUGGCAACGCUACGAGCAACGAAGCACCAGUAGGAAGUUCUAGCGUUCGGACAUCGAUUGUAACUGCUGUUGACACAAAUCAUUCUUCGAUCGACGAUAACGACUCCGAUUUCCAGGAAGUAUCCUUAGGAAAAACAGAAUGAACAAUCAGGAAUACGGAUCAUUGCUCUGUACGAGUAAUGACUUUGUAAAUCACACAAAUCUUAAAGUUUUGAUUUCUUUCAUUCGCAUUUGAGGGGCUCAAAAUGAGAGGGGUGUAAGUGACAUCAUCGAUUUCUCUACAUUGACUCUCUCUUUUGGUCAUACUUAGCUGCAAACACAUUCCCAGCUGUAUUUGACAAUGUGGAAGAUAAGUCAGAACCUCAUCUAUCGGAUUCUAUAGCAAACAAACUGGAACGUUUUGCAAUUGAGUUAUUGACUAAAGAAAAAAUUGAUUAAUAUCUUUGUUUUAUAUUCUUUUACUAACAU